CAGUCACACAGAGACACACACGGCCGAAAAACAGAGGGGAAAAUAGUAAAGAAACGGAGCGAGCCCAUCCAUCUCCCUCGCCAUCACAUUUCUUAUCUACCCUGAUCCAAAUCCUCCUCGCUUCUUAUAUCAUCCUCCGACGAAAACGAUUCCCCACCGCAUCUGGUCUCCCUCCCCCGCCGGACCGCCACGACGUCGCCAUGGCCGCCGAGGAUGCCGCCAAGCCGUCCCCGCUCCCGCCCUACCCCGAGAUGAUCCUGGCGGCGAUCGAGGUAUUGAACGACAAGAACGGGUCGAACAAGUCGGCGAUCUCAAAGUACAUCGAGGGCAAGUACGGCGACCUCCCCCCGGCUCACGCGUCGCUGCUGACCGCGCACCUUGCGCGCAUGAAGGAGUCCGGCGAGCUCAUCUUCCUCAAGAAUAACUACUUCCGCGCCGACGCGCCCGACGCCCCUCCCAAGCGCGGGCGCGGGCGCCCGCCCAAGCCCCGGGACUCGAACGCGCCGGCGCCGGCGCCGAAGCCGGCCUCCCCGCGCCCCCGCGGCCGCCCGCCCAAGACCAAGGACCCCCUCGACGCCGCCGUCGCGCAGGCCACCGCGGGGAUGCCCAAGGCCCGCGGCCGCCCGCCCAAGAAGGCCAAGACCACCCCGGCCCCCGCCGCCCCUGCCGGCGACGGCUCCGCCCCCGUCAAGCGCGGCCGCGGCAGGCCCCCCAAGGUACGCCCCGCCGUGCCGAGCGAGACGGCGGCCGCUUGACCGACUCCGUCCCUCCGUCGCGAGGGUCGUUUCUUCCGGGUCCGUGCUUCAACUGGUGCUGUGUUGUUAAUCGUAGGCUUCGCUUCGGUUCCUUCCUCUAAUUGUCGCUGCUGGUGUUAAUCUAGUCGUUUAAUCAAUUCGUGGAUUAAUUAUGAGGAUUUUAUGUGCUGUGCUGUUGUACCGUCGCUGGUGUGGUGUUGUAAGCUAAGCUGAGCUAGGGAUCGAACUGCAGAGUUAAUCAAUUAAUUAAUUAAGCUAA